AUGGCGGUUUCCGGCAAGUUUUCAGGCGAGAAUCAGACCUCCGGAAACUCGUCUUUCACCUUUUUCACCUCCAAAACCCCAAUUCUUGGACAGAAACUCUACAUCGUCAUAAUCGCGACUGUCGUCAUUAUGAUUUCCAUUUUCUUCUUCAUUUUCCUCUUCCUCCGUUGGAAUCGGAACUCUAAACGACGCGGCGUUGGUGAGAAACACGGUUCAGGUUUACUGCCUCCGGUAUGUAAUAAGAUCACGGAAAUCAAAACCUCGGAUCACGCUGAAAUAAAUAUAGUCGGCGUAAAAAACAAAGCGUUUAUUAUACCAAAUGUGGUAAAAGAUGUUGUAAUCGAGUCUAAGGGCAAAAAGGGAAGUUCCGAGAGCAAUGGGUCGAGUACUACCCGGAGCGAAUCGUCCUCUGCUAUGUCUGCGUCCACCGACGGGUUGGGUAACAUUGGGUGGGGCCGACGGUACAGUUUGAAGGACCUGGAAAUCGCAACAAAUCGAUUUUCGAAUGAUAAUGUGAUUGGUGAAGGAGGCUACGGCAUCGUUUACAGAGGUGUUUUGCACGAUGGCUCUGUUGUUGCCGUGAAAAAUCUCCUGAACAACAAGGGUCAGGCAGAGAAGGAGUUUAAGGUGGAAGUUGAAGCCAUUGGAAAGGUAAGACACAAGAACCUCGUGGGCCUGAUGGGUUAUUGUGCAGAAGGUGCUCAAAGGUUGCUAGUUUAUGAGUACAUUGAUAAUGGCAAUUUGGAGCAGUGGUUACAUGGUAUUGUGGGGCCUGUUAGCCCUUUGACUUGGGAGAUCAGGAUGAAAAUUGCCAUUGGGACAGCAAGAGGACUGGCAUACUUGCAUGAAGGAUUGGAGCCCAAAGUUGUGCAUCGUGAUGUGAAGUCUAGCAACAUUCUUGUAGAUAGGAAAUGGAAUCCAAAAGUAUCUGACUUUGGACUAGCCAAGCUGCUGGGAUCCGAGAAAAGCCAUGUUACAACACGAGUGAUGGGAACGUUUGGAUAUGUCUCCCCUGACUAUGCAUGUACUGGUAUGCUUAAUGAGAGGAAUGAUGUGUAUAGUUUUGGAGUUCUUCUCAUGGAAAUAAUUACUGGAAGGAGCCCAGUCGACUAUUCCAGACCACCCGGGGAGGUGAAUUUGGUUGAUUGGUUCAAAGGAAUGGCAGCAAGUCAUCGUGGUGAAGAGCUGGUCGACCCCCUCAUUGAAAUUCCUCCUCCUCCCAGAAGUUUGAAGAGAGUAAUUCUGGUUUGCUUUCGCUGUAUAGAUUUAGAUGCAAGCAAGCGUCCAAAGAUGGGGCAAAUUGUUCAUAUGCUUGAGGCUGAUGAACUUUCUUACCGUGUGGAACCUCGGUCUACUCUUGAUACUGCUUCUUCGCAUCCCAUAGCAACUGGCAACAAAGGAAAUGGUGAAUGA